GUCCUUCUUUUUCUUUUCAACUUUCUGCUUUUUUGGGGGGACAUAGGGCAAGGUGACUCUCAUGCAUGCAGGCUCUCACUCUGGUGUGGUGGCACCACUGUCGCAAGGUUCUCUUGGCUCCUUACAAGUGCAUCUCUUCCUUUCCUACGACACGUGUUCUCUCGUCCUCUUCCUUCUCCUGGUCCUCUUGAACUCCAACCCCGAUGGCCAAGUUCCAUAUCCCAUCGCUCAACAUCACCAAGUCAUUUGUAAGAUCGGUGCCGCAUUCGGCAUUGCAGAUCUGUUGCUGCACUUCAGAUAUAUUCAUCAUCUCUCUGUUACGGAGUCCUUGAGAAGUGUGCGAGAGAGUGUCGUUCGCUGAAAUGUCGUCUCACGAGCUGUGGCGUCGUGCUGCCCUUGCGCUAUAUCGUCCAGUACACUUGCGCGGCGCUCCCGUUACUGUGGUAAAACGUGGAUUAGCAAGUGAGCGACCGGAGGAUAGCUCCACGUCAAACUGGGGAGCAGGUGAACCGCCCAUUGAUGAGAAGACCACAGAGCGUGGAGUUAGUCCAGGAGACCAAAGGCCUGGCACUGCGUCCAAAAAAUCAGACUCACAUUCGGAAGACCAGAAAAGUACCGACGAUUUCAUCAAUAGUAAGCGGGAAGAGCGAAUGAAGUUCGGGCAGGGAUCCAAACCAAUGUCAGAAGGUGAUGCUGAUGGAGAGAGAGUACGAAGUCAGCAAGAAGCAGUGAAGGAGGGAGCUCCUCAUCCUGCAGACAUGGCAGGGGGUUAAUUAGAUUCUACCAUCAGGAUCCAUUGUAGUGCUAAUGGAGUGAAGUUGGUGUACAUUGACAGGUCUGAAAAAUUCUUUGCUGUAAAUCUGGAUUUCCUGCAGUGACUUAAAUCUCAAGGCACUGCAGGAUAGACGUCUUGUGACUAGGCAUGGUAAUCCUUUUUCUACUAAUUGUACUUGGAGCAUGUGAAGUUGUCGAAGUGAACAGCUGAAAGUUAAUAAAUCUUUUCAAAUUGAUUUUGUA